ACAAAACAGAAAGUUCCAUCCAAAUGAGAAUGCUUUAUGCGCCCCCAAUUCCAAAAAAUAGAAACCAUGCAAUGCCACAAUUGCAUGCUAUAAAAAUAGCCAUUUAAUCUGCAUAAUCUUCCCACACACAUCAUUCAGUUCAACUCUGAAGUCUCAUAUCAUAUCUAAAUCCUUUUAUCUCUUUCUCUCCAAACUAACACUCUUACUACAAGGAACUUAUUCAUCCAAUCCUACAAUAUCAUGGCAAGCACCAAUUCUAGUGUUCCAUCUCACAUAAAAGCUUGGGUGUACUCAGAAUAUGGGAACAUAGAAGAGGUUCUCAAGUUUGAUCAAAAUGUACCUACACCACACAUCAAGGAAGCCCAAGUGCUCAUGAAGGUUGUGGCUGCUGCCAUUAAUCCCGUAGAUUACAAGAGGGCUCUUGGCCAUUUCAAGGACAUCGACUCUCCUUUACCCACUGCACCGGGGUAUGAUGUUGCUGGGGUGGUGGUUAGAGUGGGAAAUCAAGUGAAGAAAUUUGAAGUUGGAGAUGAAGUUUAUGGCGAUAUCAAUGAGAUUACUUUGGACCAUCCAAAGACUAUUGGCUCUUUGGCUGAAUACACUGCUGUUGAAGAAAAAGUAUUGGCUCACAAACCCUCCAAUUUGAGUUUUGUGGAAGCUGCUAGCCUCCCUUUGGCAAUCAUAACUGCUUAUCAAGGACUUGAAGCUGCUGAGUUCUCUGCUGGCAAAUCUAUUCUUGUUCUUGGAGGUGCUGGUGGAGUUGGCUCACUUGUUAUUCAGAUCGCUAAGCAUGUGUUUGGUGCAUCUAAGAUAGCAGCUACUGCUAGUACUGGCAAACUGGAAUUGUUGAAGAACUUAGGAGCAGACUUGCCUAUUGAUUACACAAAGGAGAAUUUUGAAGAAUUGGCAGAGAAGUUUGAUGUGGUGUACGAUGCUGUAGGGCAAAGUGAGAGGGCAUUGAAGGCUGUUAAAGAAGAGGGUAAAGUUGUGACAAUAUUGCCACCUGGAACUCCACCAGCCAUCCCAUUUUUGCUCACUUCAGAUGGAGCUUUGUUGGAGAAACUGAGACCUUACUUGGAGAGUGGAAAGGUGAAGCCAAUACUGGAUCCUAAGAGCCCCUUUCCAUUUUCUCACACAGUGGAAGCAUUUUCCUACCUCAAGACUAAUAGAGCCACUGGCAAAGUAGUCAUACAUCCCAUUUCAUGAUAUGCAUGCAUAAUGCCAAUUUCUUUGGCCUUAUAAGUUCUUUACUUUGGGUAUUUCCUAUUUGAGUUUGUGUAUUGUAAUAAACCUCUCAGAGAUGUGGUUGCUUCUUGUGGUAUAAGUUUUUAAUUACCUG